GCCGUUGAUAAAAGGGCACGUAUACCCUUCUCAAACCACAUCUAUCCCUCUAAAUCACAGUGACACCCCCCUCGUCCCUCUUCGGCUACUUGUUCUCUGCGACAAAGAGAAGGUACAGGGGGAAUUUACUUGCUCUUCCGAUCAAGAUCUUCCGCAGAUGGCAUUGUCAUCAGCUUGUCUUGUAGGAAAUGGUUUAUCUACCCAUGGUACCGACUUGAAGUUGAGGGGAGACAUUUAUGGUAGGCACUUCCUUUCAUCAAGCCAUGUAUCAUUGGCUACAGGGUCUAAAGCAAUUCUCGUGAGGGCAUCUUUGGACCAGAGGCAACAUGAAGGGAGGAGAGGUUUUCUAAAGUUUUUGCUUGGAAAUGUGGGUGUUGGUGUGCCUACUUUACUUGGAACUAGAAAAGCUUAUGCUGAUGACCAAGGAAUUUCGAACUCCAGAAUGUCUUACUCUAGGUUUUUGGAGUAUUUGGAUAAAGACAGGGUGAAAAGAGUAGAUUUAUAUGAAAGUGGUACAAUAGCAAUUGUGGAGGCUAUUUCCCCUGAGUUGGGCAACCGGGUGCAGCGAGUUCGUGUGCAACUUCCAGGUCUCAGCCAGGAGCUGCUUCAGAAGUUUCGAGAAAAGAACAUUGAUUUUGCAGCUCAUAAUGCACAAGAGGACUCAGGUUCUCUAUUGUUUAACUUGAUUGGGAAUUUAGCUUUCCCACUACUCUUGAUUGGUGGGCUGUUUCUACUCUCACGUCGAUCAUCUGGAGGAAUGGGUGGGCCAGGAGGGUCUGGCUUCCCUUUUGCAUUCGGACAAUCGAAAGCAAAAUUCCAAAUGGAACCAAACACAGGGGUGACAUUUGAUGAUGUUGCUGGAGUUGAUGAAGCCAAGCAGGAUUUCAUGGAGGUGGUAGAGUUUCUGAAGAAACCUGAAAGGUUCACUGCUAUUGGGGCUCGCAUUCCUAAGGGUGUUCUUCUAAUCGGUCCUCCAGGAACAGGAAAAACUCUCCUAGCUAAGGCAAUUGCCGGUGAAGCAGGUGUUCCUUUCUUCUCCAUCUCGGGAUCAGAGUUUGUUGAGAUGUUUGUUGGUGUUGGUGCCUCUCGAGUUCGUGAUCUUUUCAAGAAGGCCAAGGAAAAUGCCCCUUGCAUUGUAUUUGUGGAUGAAAUUGAUGCUGUUGGACGACAAAGGGGCACUGGAAUUGGAGGAGGGAAUGAUGAAAGAGAGCAGACCCUUAACCAACUUUUGACAGAGAUGGAUGGUUUUGAGGGUAACACUGGUAUCAUUGUCAUUGCAGCAACUAACAGGGCGGACAUUCUUGACUCUGCCUUACUGAGGCCCGGACGUUUCGACAGACAGGUGACUGUUGAUGUUCCAGAUAUAAGGGGAAGAACAGAUAUAUUGAAGGUUCAUGCUAGCAAUAAGAAAUUUGAUUCAGAUGUGUCUCUUGAUGUGGUAGCCAUGAGAACUCCUGGAUUUAGUGGAGCUGAUCUUGCCAACCUCUUAAAUGAGGCAGCUAUAUUGGCUGGUCGGCGUGGGAAGACGGCAAUUACAUCUAAAGAGAUUGAUGAUUCAAUUGACAGGAUCGUGGCUGGAAUGGAGGGGACGGUUAUGACUGAUGGAAAGAGCAAAAGUCUUGUUGCAUACCAUGAAGUAGGUCACGCCAUUUGUGCAACUUUAACUCCUGGGCAUGAUGCUGUUCAAAAGGUCACCUUAGUUCCCCGUGGUCAGGCACGAGGUCUUACAUGGUUCAUUCCUUCAGAUGACCCAACCUUGAUCUCCAAGCAGCAACUAUUUGCUAGAAUUGUUGGAGGACUUGGUGGGCGAGCUGCUGAGGAAGUGAUCUUCGGUGAACCUGAGGUGACAACAGGCGCAGCUAGUGAUUUGCAACAGAUCACUGGUUUAGCUAAACAGAUGGUAGUAACAUUUGGAAUGUCUGAAAUUGGUCCAUGGUCUCUUAUGGAGUCGGGAGCUCAAAGUGGGGACGUUUUCAUGAGAAUGAUGGCAAGAAAUUCAAUGUCGGAAAAGCUUGCGGAAGACAUUGAUGCCGCUAUCAAGAGGAUAUCAGACAGUGCAUAUGAGAUCGCAUUGUCCCAAAUAAGGAAAAACCGCGAGGCCAUCGACAAGAUUGUUGAAGUUGUGGUGGAGAAGGAAACAAUGACUGGUGAUGAAUUCCGAGCAAUCCUUUCAGAAUUUGUUGAGAUCCCAGUUGAGAAUCGGGUUCCCGCUUCAGUAACUGCUCCAGUCACCAUUUAGUAACACAAACAGAACAGAAGAGAGGUGUAAUUUAGCAGCAUUGAUCAUAUGUUUUAAAGUAGUUUAAAAUAAUGCGUAGUCUUGUAUAAGUAGGAAUGUCCACUAAUUAUAAUACGAGCAUUUAUCACGCCUUUUGGUGGCUGAACUUUCAACGAAUAUGAGCUCUCAUUUGGUGAUGCUUGACUGCGCCAGUGCGCUUGGUAGACACAGUGGUGCAAACUUUUUAACUGUCAAGGCUUUGAGGACUUGGAGCCCUUUGUACUAGGAUUAGCUGCUGGUUUGUACCUCAGUUUCUUCGAACUAUAGCUCUGUAGUUUGUGCCAGGAAUAGCUUUGUCAACUAUAACUCAGUUUCAUAGA